AUCUCGGCUGGGGCCUCUCUCCGGAGCCUCCCACCCCUCCGCGGUCUGCUCUGAGGCUGACAGGGCUGGUGUGUCCCAGCGCGGGUUGUCGCUCUGGCGGGGCUGUGGCUGAAGCGAAGCCAGUUUUUAUGCAGUAGAUCACGCUGGGGGGAGCCGAGGCUUGUUUUUAUCUGUCCCACUCAAAAAUCUAACAAGCAAGAUGUCUACUAAUGAGAAUGCAAAUACACCGUCAGCUCGAUUGAACAGAUUCAAGAACAAAGGAAAGGACAGCACAGAAAUGAGAAGGCGGCGCAUUGAAGUCAAUGUGGAGCUGAGAAAAGCUAAGAAAGAUGACCAGAUGCUUAAAAGAAGAAAUGUGAGCACUUUACCAGACGAUGCUACUUCUCCCCUUCAGGAAAACAGAGGCAACCAGGUUUUGGCACACUGGUCAGUUGAAGAAAUAGUCAAAGGAGUUAAUAGUAAUAAUAUGGAGCUUCAGCUACAGGCUACUCAAGCUGCCAGGAAACUCCUCUCAAGAGAGAAGCAACCCCCAAUAGACAACAUAAUUCGGGCUGGUUUGAUCCCAAAGUUUGUCUCGUUCCUGGGCAAAACAGACUGCAGUCCCAUCCAGUUUGAAUCUGCCUGGGCACUCACCAACAUCGCCUCUGGCACGUCAGAGCAAACCAAGGCAGUGGUGGAUGGAGGGGCAAUUCCAGCCUUCAUUUCCCUGCUGGCCUCUCCACACACUCACAUCAGUGAGCAGGCUGUGUGGGCCUUGGGGAAUAUUGCAGGGGAUGGUUCUGCCUACAGAGACCUGGUUAUUAAAUAUGGUGCAAUCGAGCCACUGCUGAGUCUCCUCGCUGUUCCUGACCUCUCUUCCCUGGCUUCUGGAUAUUUACGCAAUGUGACGUGGACCCUCUCAAACCUGUGUCGCAAUAAGAAUCCUGCCCCUCCCAUAGAAGCCAUCCAGCAGAUCCUUCCAACUCUGGUCCGGCUCCUGCACCACGAUGACCCUGAGGUGUUGGCAGACACAUGCUGGGCAAUUUCCUACCUCACAGACGGUUCCAAUGACAGGAUAGAAGUUGUUGUGAAAACUGGAUUGGUGCCACAACUUGUGAGACUCCUGGGAUGUAGUGAACUGCCAAUAAUGACUCCUUCACUAAGAGCAAUAGGAAAUAUUGUCACUGGUACUGAUGAGCAGACACAGAUUGUUAUUGACUCAGGAGCACUGGCUGUCUUUCCAAGUCUCCUUUCUCAUCAUAAAAACAACAUUCAGAAAGAAGCAGCCUGGACAAUGUCCAACAUCACUGCUGGACGUCAGGAUCAGAUCCAGCGAGUUAUAGACCACGGGCUUGUGCCUUAUCUCAUUGGUGUUCUGAGGAAGGGGGAUUUCAAAUCUCAGAAGGAAGCUGUGUGGGCUGUGACAAACUACACAAGUGGUGGAACAAUUGACCAGAUCGUGUACCUUGUUCAGGCUGGUGUUCUUGAACCCCUACUGAAUCUUCUCUCAACUAAAGACAGCAAAACUGUGCUCGUUAUCUUGGAUGCAGUUUCCAACAUUUUCAUGGCUGCUGAGAAGAUUAAUGAGACUGAAAAGCUUUGCCUCAUGAUUGAGGAGUGUGGGGGUCUAGACAGAAUUGAAGCUCUCCAGUCACAUGAAAAUGAACAAGUGUACAGAGCCUCUUCCACCAUCAUUGAGAAAUAUUUCUCAGCAGAAGAGGAGGAAGACCAAAAUGUUGUACCAGACUCUACUGCUGACAGCUACACUUUCCAAAUCCAGGACAGUACACCAAAUUCUUUCAACUUCUAGAUCUUGUAUAUGCUGCCACCACCUACAAGUGGAUUAGUACACAAAUGACUGCCACCUCUUUGUCUUAAUAGUUCCUCUUGCCUUUACUGGUUUUUCUGUGUCCUGUAGCACUUUGUCUAACUGAAACAUACUUGAACAGUUCAAACUCUAUAUAUAUGUCUGUGAAUUUUUAAAUGUAAACCUCAUUCUUUGAGAUAUACUUGUAAAUACUUCCUGUUUCUGUCCUUGUCCAGGGAAAGAAUGCAUGUGGGCAGGUCAGGCCUCUCACAAAGCCUUGAGCCACUGCUCUGCAGGCCUUCCCAUAACCUCUUACCUUCUACAUGACCUGUUACAGUAAUAAAUACACUGAACAGGCUUUUAAGUAAAACUUACUUGAAGU